UUAGCAUGCAGGUAACAAAGGUUUUAUUUCAAAUCUGGUCCAUUUCUGCUGGGGUGGAUAAUGUGGUUGGAAUUGAAAGUACGGAUAAGGUGAAGAAAAAGGACAAGUGGAGGAAGAGUUGACGUCAUCACGAGGAACUGAGGAGGCAUAAAUAGAAAGGAAAGGAGAGAGGGAAGAAAACAGAAGAAAGGAAUGCAUCUUUUCUGUUGGUACAUCCAUCACUGAGUGAUUCAGUUAAUCUAGUUGAUGGUAUGGCCAGUGCAGUGCAGUAUGCAAUUGUGCUGCUGAGUCUAGCUGUGGCAAUGCAAGAGUGUGGAGGGAUUUCACAGAAAACUUGGUGUCUUUCCAAUGAUCCAUGUUUUGACUUACUUCUUCUAGAGAAAACUGUCUGGCAAGUCAGUAAAGAUGUGCCAGCAGCAGACAGUGAGAACAUCUUGCUGAAGAGUCAGACGUUUGACAAAAUCCGCAAACGAAAGGGCCUCCAUAGCUGCGUCCUACUAAAAAUCAUCGACUUCUACGUGAAUGUUAUCAGCUAUCCAUGGAACAACUCCAGUAACCACAUCAGCCAUGAUAUGAACUACCAUCUUGAGCUGAUCUUAAUGAUGAACACACUGAAAAGCUGUGUUUAUAAGAUGAACAAGAUAUGUGAGAUGUUGUAUCAAAAGGCUGCUCAGCAACCUAACUUAGAGAUUUCAGAAGCAGAUAUGACUCCAGAGGAAGUGGCUAUACAUCAGCUACAAAAACUGAACUUUGCCAGCGACAGAUUGAAUGACACGAGCAUCCAAGAAAGAGCCAUGGACGAACUGAAGUCUCUUCAUAACUACAUCCCUGGGAGGGGCUUCCGCAAAACCAAUGUCUGAGUGACAUCCUAGGAGGAGGUCCACUGAGCCGUGUGAGCUUGUAAUGCGUUGCUUUUUCCCUGUUUGUGCUGUGCAAGAACAAAUAUGCAAGGUGCUAGCCAGUCAUAGCUGAAAUAAACUUAGAUCCAUUAAAGGAUAAGCUGAGAUUCAUUAAAGGAGAUCCAUGUUCAUUUCAAUUGCAAUUUUCACAGGCAGUGCACAAACAAAUACAGCCUGAAGUACAUAUACGACAAAAAAAAUGCAUAUUACUUAUGUAAUUCUGUUUAAAGACAUGGUGUGUGCAAAUGCAAGCAAGCAAUCAUACAUUAGCUAAGCAGGCAGAUGGCAUAGCAAAUAAGUUCUGUUUGCUGACACACCGUGCAUGUUCCAUUUUAUUUGAGUACAAUGACUUUCCUCCCCUUUUGUUAGCUUCUCAAUAAAAUUCAUUUAAUUUUG